AUGGCUUCGCAACCGCCAGAAACCCCGCGACCGCGCUCGUCGUCGAGUACGACGAGCUUCACCUCCCCACCUCCCUCGUCCCGACGACGACCGCCUCCCUCGGUCCUCUCGCCUCUGAGCGGCCUGUCCAACGCCAGUCCAGCCGCGUCACUCCGAUCCUCAACCUAUCAGAGCUCCGCGCGGUCCCCAGAGUCGGUCAGCGGGUACUCACUCGCCCCAUCCCGCUUUCGCACCUUCUCGGCUACAGCGAGCCAGGCUGGCUCAAUCGCGACGACAGCGAGUCCAGGUGGACCGGCGAGGUUCAAGCGCGGUCAUGCGAGGAAGAGGCCGGGACAGCCGCCGCUCCCGCCGCCUGUCAGGACCAACAAUCCGGACGAGGUCGACUUGAUGGCACUCGAGGAGCCGGACGAGGUGUUUCGCAUGUUCGGCGUGCGAGAUGUGCGCAAGAUUGAGCAGCGGGCGAGCGAUGCCGCGAAUGCCAAGGUGGCAGAGCUACGGACGAUGGUCGGCGAGCGCUAUCGCGACCUCCUUGCUGCCGCCGACUCGAUUGUGCGCAUGCGAAGCGCGGCCGAGAAGCUCGUCGACAAGCUCGACACGGUUCAGGCGGCUGUGAGCGCAGCGGAUUCAGCUGUUGCUGACACGCCAACUAAGCCGCGGCCAACACUUCAGAACAAGCGACAACGGUCCGACUCGCCUACCGAAGAACGGACACUCGCUUCCUCCGCCACCCUCUCUUUCACCAUCCACCUGCUCCUCACCAUCCCUUCCCUCGUUCACUCGCUCGUCGAUUCUUCCGACUUCCUCCUCGCCGCACGACUCGAAGACCUCGGCCGACUGGUCUACCGCGAGUUGUCGGAGUUUUCGCCUCCCGCUGCGGAAGGAGACGAUGAGGAUGAAGAACCGCCGCGGCUUCAGGAGAGCUUUCCCAUCAUUGAGAAGCAGUGGGAGAUACUGUCGGCUCUGAGACCAGUCGUGCUGAGGAACGCGCUGGGCGAUCUGAAGGUCUGGGACGCGCCUGCUUCGCGGACGGCACAAACGGUUGCCGCCAUCGUCAUGCUGCAAGAAACGACCACCUCCUCCGCCCUUUCUACCUUCCUCAACGCCCGUUCCCGCACCCUCGACGAACUCCUCCGCGCGCCGUCUACCUCGUCGAACACCCUCACGCCUGCCGUCGUCACCGAAAGGCUGGAACAGGUCCUUGGCCUGAUCCUUCGCACGGUUGAAGCGGUGUCGACCAUCUUUGGCGGCGAAUCGAGCGACGGUAUGCUCGCGCAACUCCCUCAGCAGGUCGAGCAGCCUGGCGAUGCGGCAUCUCCAGUCCCGCCCAUCUUCAGCGCCUUCCCGAACUACUCGACUCUCCAGCGGCACCUCCCGGACUCGAUCCUGCGCUACUCGCCGACUCUCACAGCCUCGCAGACUGGUUCACCGGAUGCAGUGCAAGCCGUCACGAGCCAACUCGAUGCGUGGCUCUCGCACGAGGUGGAAAGGGUCGUCUCGGGGAUCAGUUCCUGGAUCUCGACGCUCUGCUCGCCUGCGCCCGGUUCGCCAUCGUCUUCCUCAGCCGGCGCCAAGCCCCUCUCGCACAUCCGCCUCGCCGUCCGCCGCAACCUCACGACAGCCGAGCCAUCCUCAACCUCCGUCGCCAAAUCCCUGCAGUCCCGCCUCGAAGGCACGAUCGAGACCCUCUUCGCCGACGUCUACCGCUCGCGUCUUUCGGCCCUCGUCUCCCGCGUCCAGCCAUCCCUCCAGACGCUCCUCCUUGCACUGCCAGACUCGGAAGCCGACCGCGACACCGCCAAAUUCCUCUUCGAUGCGCCUCUCGCCUUCCCCAACGCCGGGAUGUACGCCUCCCGCUCGUCCUCGGCCAAGACGGCUGGCACGGAUCCGUUCGAGGCGUUCUUGAGCAAAGUUGGGAAGCGCGUUGAGGGGCGGAGUCCACUACUUGAUACGGGUUUGACGGAGCUGGAGGAGGCGGCGAGGGAUCUCCGGACGGACCUUGAGGACUGGCUUGGCGAGAAAGAGGAUGUGAAGGGCGCGGAGGACGACCGUGAGAUGCGGGCGAGGUUGCGGAGGGAGUACUUGUCUGCGGCAGAGGAGACGCUCAAGGGCGUGGCGGAUGCGCUCGACGCAGUGUUGGCCGAGGUUGCGGACGAUGUCAGCAACUCGCUCUUCGUCGGCAACUUUGCCUUCCUUCUUUCGUCCAGCCGAACCUUCACGCGCGACUUGUUGCUCUCGGGUACCUCGUCACAAGAUCUACCUUUCCUUUCGAGCUGGCGGGACCGGCUGUCGGCCAUUCAGGACGCAUCCCUCGAGACAUGGCGUUUGCAAGCGGUCGCACGGGCAGUUGGCAAGGUGCAAGAGUCGAUGAACGCGGUCGCUGCUGCAGCGCCUGGCGCGACUUUGUGGGCUUGGGAUGCUUCGCGAAGUGCGGGCGAAAACGAUGCGCUUCUCCCUUCGUCGCCCUCCUCAGCCCUCCUGUCGGCACUUCGCUCCCUCUCCUCUUCGAUCCACCGCGUCGGCCUGCACCGCACCCAGUCUGACUCGUCAAUCGCCGUCUCCCUCCUCGCCGCCUUUGCCGAACAGGCCCGCGAUGUUGCGGGUCACUUCGCCGAGGCGCUCGAGAAGGGCGAGGUGCCGGACGAGCGGGUCAAGCGCGAGGUUGCGGCACAAGUCGCGUGGGAUCUCGCACUCGUCGGAAGGCUCGUGUCGGCGCACAAAGGCGCGGCUAGCUCGAAAGGGGAGUGGGAGGACGCGAAGGGACGCUUUUUGCAACUCGUUUCGUCCAACGCGGGUUCUCUCGCAUCUCGGGUUGACGACUCGGCGCUCCAGUACCUCCAGCGGACGCAGUCCAUCCUCGCCGCUCUCCUUCCUUACGACCGGACGCUUGCGGCUCAAGCAGGUUCGACAGGAGCUGCCGGCAAAGCGAAAGCCAUCGGUGCAACCGCCCGACUUCUCCCGCUCGGACAGACGGUCAGCGGUGCAGGCUCGCUCGGCGACUUCAAGAGCACGUCGGCAGGUCUCGUCAAGCCUGGACCGAGGUUGGGCCUGCUGCCUACUCGUGGAUGA